CGAUAGGUGCUAUUUGCACCAGUAUAAUGGACAGCUCGCAGUCGCAGUCAGAUCCUGAGGAGGAAAUGUCAUUUGAAAAGAAAAUUUCUCAAGAUUUCAGCACAGAUGGGUUUUCAGGCUCUCGCCAUCAAACAUUUGGACGAGAUCUGUUUACAGAGAGAGGUGGAUUUCCACACCACCGACUGGUUAUACUGAGUCUGGGCCUGUUGAAUGCAGUUCUGCUGAUAGCUGCUAUUGUCGUCGGGAUUUACUGUGCCAAAGCCAAACAUGAUUACCUUCUGGCUCCUGACUCAGCUUCUGCACCGCUCAUCAUUGAGAUGAACUAUCUUCGCAACUACAGCAAUGUCAUCAAAGCUAAAGUGGAUGCACAGACAGAGUUACACAAACGACGUGCCAACCAUGUGACACUAAAGAUGCAGGUGAAGGAGCAGAAGAUCAUCACUGACAGACUUCAAGGACAGAUUGAGACACUACAUAAAGAGAAGGCAAAUCUGGAGUCUAACAAAACACUCUUAGAGGAAAACUGUGGCAGAUGCCGACCAGGAUGGCUUUUUCGUAAAUCAUCCUGCUAUUAUUUUUCUUCUCUUCAUGCGUCCAACUCUAAAAAGAACUGGAUGGGCAGCAGAGCACACUGCAAGAACGAAGGGGGCGACCUGCUUGUGAUCAAUAACUUGGAAGAACAGUUACUUAUAAGUAACAACCUUCCAAAGAUGAGCAGCAAUGGUGUGUGGUGGCAGAACGGAUUUUGGAUAGGCCUCACUGAUGUAGUGACGGAGGGGACGUGGGUCUGGAUUAACAAUGUGACUGAGGUGCAAACAAUGUACUGGAAAGAUGGAUACCCUAAGAACGAAGGACGUCAGUCUGCACGCUGUGCUGCGUUGCUUUACUAUGCGGACGGCAGGAGGACAUGGUAUAACGGACACUGCCAAAACCAUUACUAUAACUGGAUUUGUGAGAUGGAGCCAUACUUAACCCCUCAAAUCACAUUAACUUGACACUGUAUGUAUGUGGUCAUUUGUCUGGUACACUAACUACAUACAUAAAAUACUAACAGACAUCUGUGUGCAGUGCUAGUGGAACAAUACAAGCAAAGAAACACAGCUCACUACACACAUCUGUUCAUUGUACCGUUUAAUGAAUUUGUUGAUACAUCUGAUAAAGUCUAUAAGAAAUGUGAUGAAGCACAAUAUGUCCUGAUGUAUAUGGAAGAAAAUGUCUGCUGUCCAUGUAAUGAUUUGUAUGAAAUCAUGCUUGACUAAAUAAAAUAAAACAUAACACCUAAAAAAAA